AUGGAAUUUACAAUUAAACACACGUGGGAUGGUUUAUCUGUGAGCCAUGAGCCAGUAACAAUUGGGCUGAAGUCGGACAAUGCAGGAUUGCUAAUGGAAGUUAAUGCUCCCUUCUUUAAUGAUCCUCCAGCACCACUUGGAGAGCCAGGGAAGCCUUUUAAUAGACUGUGGGACUAUGAGGUUGUAGAAGCAUUUUUCCUGAAUGACAGAACCGAACAGUAUUUAGAAGUUGAACUGUGUCCCCAUGGACAACACUUGUUGCUACUGCUUUCUGGCAAAAGAAAAGUAUGGAAAGAAGAACUUCCUUUAGAGUUUGAAGUGACCAGAAUGAAAACCAAAUGGGAGGGUAAAGCCCGUCUUCCUUGGAGUUAUUUUCCACCAUGCACUGACAAGUUCAAUGCGUUCGCAAUUCAUGGCUCAGGGGAAGAGAGAAAAUACGAAGCACUUUAUCCUGUGCCUCGACAUGAACUACGGGAAGGGCAGAAACCAGAUUUUCAUCGCCUGGAAUUUUUUGAAGAUUUGAACCUGAAAGAACUAAUGGGAGAAGACUGGAAGCAGCCUGAAUCAGAUAUAUGGAAGUCUCUCACUUACUAA